CGUUCGAGUUUGCUUACGUCACGGGGUUCACCCGACCAAGCGCAGGGCGAGAGGUCAGCCAUUUCGACGCUCGCCUCAUCCACGGCCGCAUCUACGGAUUCAUCGAAGCGCGGGACCGAUCGCACAAGUCGCGUCCAUAAAAUUCGUCAUUUGUAGUCAGCGUCCUUCACGAAACCCGCCUCGCUUCCGCGUAAAAAUCUCGGGUCUUAGUGUGUGUUAGAUAUCAAGAACAGAUUCAGCCUGCUCAGGGGAUUUUGUACAAUGACAAUGGUGCAGCUAACUUUUCUGCUCCUACAUUUCAUUGUUCUUCAUCACUGAUGAGUGGCCUCCUUGGUUCACUGCUCGGUCAUCUUUGUUCUUGAUCGCCUCUUAUCUCUCGUCGUACAUUUUAGCAGAGAGAGAGACAGAGAGAACAAGAAACAGAGCACAGAAGAAAGAAGUUUCUGAAGUUUCUAAGAUUUAAAAGAUACAAGCAUCGAACGAGCUGUCGAAAAUGAGCGUCAUAAUCAGACUGCAAAACCUGGCGUGGUCCGCCAACGCAUUGGACAUACGCCAAUUUUUCAGAGGUCUCAGCAUCCCGGAAGGAGGAGUCCACAUUGUUGGCGGCGAAUUGGGAGAUGCGUUCAUCGCAUUCAGCACCGACGAAGACGCCCGUCAGGCGAUGAUGCACGAUGGCGGCAAGAUCAAGGAGAUGAAAAUCAAGCUGCUGUUGAGCUCGCGCACUGAGAUGCAAAAAGUGAUCGAGGCCGCUCGACAGCAAACCAUGAGUCUGCAAUCGUUCAUGCAAACCGCGCCUAUAGCGGUGCCGCCGGCCGUAGUCCCCGGCAAGCAGCCCGGCUCGCCGACUGACAGGAGGGAAAAGGACAACGACAGCGAGUCCAGCAAGGAUCGGAAGGACCGGCGUGACCGAUCGAGAUCGCGGGACCGUUCGCGAUCGCGCGAUCGCGACCGCGAUCGUGAUCGCCGCGACCGGGAUCGCGGCAGGGAUCGACGACGCCGGGAUCGCAGCAGGUCGCGAGAUCGCGAACGCGACAGGCGCGAUCGACGACGUCGCCGCGACCGGUCUAGAUCGCGGGAUCGCACGAGGUCGCGCGAUCGCGACUCGAAGAGGGGCUCCGCGAACGAUCGUCGCAAGGACGCCAACGAGGAUGACAACAACGACGUCGUCUGCGUCGGUCAGUUUCACAAGGAUAAAGCGUCGGCGGCUGCGUCGAAAAAGCCGCUCGAAAACGGUAUAUGGGAGGUACCGCCUCAAACUCAGAUGCAGGCCGCUCUAUUGGCACCCGGUAUUUUAGGCGCCGGCGUCGCCGCUCUGUCCCAGGACUCGGAGACUCAGCGUUCGGCCAUCGCCGGCUUCGGCGUGGUAGGUCAGCAGCCGAUGUUGCAGUCGGGACAAUUUUCUAUAAACGGCCUCAAUGGCGUUGGUAAUCUUAUACAACCGCACGUACAGGCCCUCGGUAUGACGUCGUUAACGCAAAAUCUAGGUACUGCAAAUAUACCGAGUCUGAGUAGCCUGGCAACUCGUUCCAAGGAACCUUGGAGUCAGAACGAGCAAAGCAGACUGGACCAAACCGGACGAUUCUCCGGCCGAUCGAAUCAAUUCAACAAUCAGGAAUACGGCACGAGUAGUAGCUAUCGUGGCUCCAGACCGAAUAAUACCUUUCUAAGUAAAAUGCAGGAGCUCGAGGGUCGGCGCAAUCCGCAUGCAUUUCAAGCUGGGGUCUCCAAUUUCGGAAACUAUGAGAAUGAUCGUCAAACGUCCGGUAGGAAAUCCAGUUCGAGAUUUUCCGACAAUAAGAACGGCAGUAGCAGCGGCGGUCAUUGCGUGGAAGUACGCAACAUGCCGUUGACCGCGACGUAUGCGGAUCUACGUCAUGCGUUUCAAGGUAUCUAUAUCAGAAAGGACGGCAUGAAGAUUAUCAACGACAAUCACGGUAAUCGCGUAGGUAUCGCGUAUAUCAAGUUCGGUAAAGCCGAGGGGAAGGAACAAGCCCUAACUGGAACGAGAUAUGUGCGAAAUUCCGAAGUAGAGGUGCUUCACUUGGACGAAAGUAUCUUCGACAAAGCCGUAAAUUCUUAUUCGCCUGACAAGGAGGACGAUGGCGAUCUGAGAAAUUCCAUGUGUAUUCUCUUAACCGAACUGCCGUCCUUCACCAAAGAAAUGGACAUAGCUAAACUGUUCCACGACUGGAAGAUCAACGAUCUCUUCAUCACCAAUACCAAGGAAUCUGGCACCACGCAAUACAUGGCUUAUGUACAAUUCGCGCGACUCGAGGACGCCAAGUCGUCGUUGAACACGACACUGAAAAUCGGCAGCAAGCAAGUGACCGCGACCGCGAUCAGCGAGGAAAAAUUUGCUCAAGCAAAACGUGAACACGAGCAAGUGAGCUUGAAUCAAACGGAUUGUAUUCUCAUGCGCGGUUUGCCCUUCCAGACAAUCGACCGCGACAUCUUCGACUUUUUUUCAGACAUCGGCAUCGUGCCGCUCUGUAUCCAUAUGAUGCUCAAUCAGCAGGGCAAACCAGCCGGCGAGUGUUUCUGUGAAUUCGACUCGGCCGAGAAGGCGGAACGCGCUAUCGCUAAAAACGGUCUGCCGCUCGGCAAAAACGUACCCACUAUCGAGCUAGUACCACGCGCCAAGAUGCUCGAGACCCUCGGGAUGAUGGAGGCGCAACAACAGACGCAGCAGCAGCACUUCCCGCCAAUGGAGCAACAUCAAAGACCACCACGCUUCUCUCCCGGCCCGUUGGGUCACAUACCGCGGUUCGGCAAUACCGGUUUCGGACCCCGCUGCCCGCCCGGGUUGAUGGGUAUGCCGCGACACAUGCUGGGUCGUCAUCCACCGUCUAUGGACUAUGUCGAGGGUUUCGGUAAACCUGGCUGCGUGUUAUCGUUAGAAAACGUGCCGUUCAAAGCGGACAUCAACGAGAUCAUCGAAUUCUUCGGUGACUUCGACGUUAAACGGGAAAACGUAAUUCGUCGUUACAACGAGAGGGGCAUGCCGACCGGGGACGCCCGAGUGGCGUUCUCAUCACCUAGCGAGGCGCAACGAGCGCUCAAGGAACUCAAGCAUUGCAAGAUGCGAGAGCGUACUAUAUACAUGAAGCUGGCGUGAGUUCCGCCACACCGUCGUGCGCAAACUGACGCUGAUACGUGAAGGGACAUCGUCGGUGACGAUGUCUAGGUGGGAGCAAAUUCGUUUGGAAUGCAACGAGGACAAAUGCAAUAUUUAUAAUAUCAAUAGAUGUACCUUCGGUGAAUUAUUCUAAGAGUCGGUUUUAUACGAGAAUCCUUGCCAAUGAGCGCCGCAAGAAUAAAGGACGCUUUGACAGUAGAACGUCUUCUCUUCGCGCGUACUACUUCCUCAUUAAAGGGCGCGAAAUUCCUUAGCGCGUCGAUAAAUUUGAUCCAUGUGUACAUAGAUUGCGUAGAUUUAAAAGUGAUAAUUUUCUUCGUUUAAUCAUUGCGAAGUGACCAUGUCCAGACUAUAUUUGUCCAGUUGUUAUUAAAAAUAUUCAAUCGAUUAUUUUCUAUGUCGAGAACUGAUAUGGUAUUAUAGCGCGAUCAUAGUAUUAAGUAAUGAUAAGUGGAAAAUGCGCUCAGUGAUUCCUUGACAUGAAAUGACAUUAGAAACGUAGGACUAAUCAUAGGAUUUUAUUAAGAAUACUUUUCAUAAAAUUCGUCUUGUAAAAAAGUUAGGCUUCUCCAUAAAACCGAAUCUUCAUAGAUCGGCUUUUUAUGCAAGCCUAAGUUUUCUGUGAAAAGACCGAAUUUUUGAAAAAUUUGCAAUGUAUAUCCAAAUAUAAAAAAAUUUCAUAUUAUUUUCUCUUAUUAUUAUUAGUUUCACUACGUGGCAAUACCAAAUCUUAUCUCUUAGUUUUAUGUUAAGAAACGGCGGAAGUAAAGUACAAAGUUAGCAGUUUGAUCGGUUACAUUUUUGCUUUAUGUUUUCAUGUAAAAACAUUUGGAGCGCGAAGUAAGUGUCGAAGACAGACUACGUGGGAGCUGCCCGUGCAACAUGUUCCCUACAAGAAUGAGUACAUUACAUACAUUGCAUAUCUUUUGUAAUAUAUGCUACGCAUAGUUAUACUCUACACGAGAGAUAGAUAAAAUAUAUGUAUAUUACAUAUAUUAAAUGUACAUAGACAAAGAUUAUGUAUCCAUCAUAAUCUUGCGUAACGAUAAGUACGUCCACAGUAUGUGGGCUUGUGUAAAAUAAUUUAUAGAAUGAAUGAAUAAAUUUACAGAUGCGUACAAUUCACAAACAUUGUCAUAAGUUUAUGUUAUAGGAUAAUGAACACACAUUGGAGAUACUUCAAUAAAUUUUUAUCUAAACUUA